AAUUAGAUCUUGCUGAAAGUUAUAAAGCUAAAUUUAUAAAUAAAGGAAGAGCUUAUAACAAACCAAACAAUCUACCUAAAUUGAUUGAUUGCAGAGCUACACAACUUAAAGCAAAAAUUGCUAACAUCAAGGAACAAACAUAUGAUAAUCACAAUGCUGAACUCACCUAUUUAGAGGAUAAUAAAGAACGACUCCUUAAAUUUAAAGAUAAA